UUUUUUUAUAACAAACUUUCUAUCAAGGGAUCAAUCACAGUUUCUCUUUGUCAAAUCGUUUUUAUCCAGGUAGUACCUUUAUAAAGAUGUUAAUUCGCGCAACGAUACUCCUCAUAGUUACUUUAUUAGCACGUUAUUCAUCAACAACGGAUAUAACAUCGUUGAUGGAGAAAGGCGGUGUAGUUCCGGAUGUUAUAGACACAGCCCCGAAGACCAGUUUAGAAGUCCUCUACGCAAAUAACGUGAAAGUAGACGGUGGAAAUGAAUUAACGCCAACGAAGGUUAAAGAUGUACCUAAUGUUAAAUGGCAAGCAGAAGAAGGUUCAUAUUAUACUUUAAUUAUGACCGACCCAGAUGCUCCAAGUAGGACAAAUCCAAAAAUGAGGGAGUGGCAUCAUUGGUUGGUUGGAAAUAUUCCCGGAAAUGAUAUUAAGAAAGGUACGACUUUAUCGGAAUAUAUCGGAUCUGCUCCACCGAAAGAUUCCGGUUUGCAUCGUUAUGUUUUGUUGGUGUUUAAACAACCCGGGAAGGUUGAAUUUUCUGAAGAUAAAUUAACUAAUAAAAGUGGAAAGGGGCGAGGAAAAUUUAAUACUAAAUCAUUCGCCCAAAAAUAUAAUUUGGGAAAUCCCAUCGCCGGAAAUUUUUUUAAAGCUCAAUGGGAUAAUUACGUGCCUACAAUUUAUAAACAAUUAAGUGGUUAAAUGUUUUAUCUAUUUGUUUAUUGGAAAUGUUAUGAAAGAAUUAAAAAUCAUUUUU